AUGUAUCGUCCCCUUGGUGCACGUCAGAAAGAUAUUUCUACUAGACUUAUGAAACCAACUUGUCCUGAUAUUAGGAUCAAGGAUGUGCUUCAUUUGGUCAAGAACUGGAAUUCGGCAUGGGAAUUUAAUGGUGACAUUACUGUUUUUGAUGCUGGAAUAGCGCAAUAUCUACUGGUAGAUGAUCGGUCGCAUGAUGUAUUCUUUGCUUCACUUAUACUCGGAAAGCCAAGUUUGCGCUGUAAAUUGGUCAAUAAUGAGCCAAAAGAUGUGCUUGACGAAGAGGCUGAGAAUACAUUUAAUUUGGUUGGUGAAAAUGAAACCCUAGAAGAAGAGCGCAAAAAAAUCGAUCAUUUGAAAACUGUUUUGAGUCGCAAAGGAUAUCGUUUUAUUGAUGUAUAA